AUGGGCUCUUCCAAAGCACCCAUCACAACCGUCCAGCACCAGCGACCACACAGAAGCCUGGUCGACCGAGGCGAUGAUUUUGAAUGGUUCUGGCGCUCGCAGGUGGAGGCGUACACGGCGUUCUCGACUCCAGGCGAUCGCGAGCCUCUGCUUGCUGGUGAGCGACGAUCUCCGCAGCAGUCGUGGGAGGAGGUGGUCAGACGAAGCGCAAGGGACAAGGCGAUGGGUCUUGAGCGAGUCUGUUCUCCCUCCCAGGACGUGGGACGCAGAGACAGGAGGGGCUCGAGCCUCGUUCUCUGGCGAUGCUACGACGCCCCUCACCGAGCUCCAGUGACAGGCACCGCCUGGAGGUCUCCGAACGCAGAUUAUAACCUGUGGGCGUCAGCACACCACGCUGUUAUCGACGAGCGCGUGCUUCCUAGAAGGAAGAGUGGUUUGCUCAUGUCUCCACCGCGGAAGCUAUCGCUAACAGCUACGCGGGGCAUGCUCGUUGGAUACCAGGCAUUGAAGGGAGCAAGCCUCAGCUGUCCACUAGGGAUUAGUCUCGACAUGCCUACUCUCCUCGCGGCAGCACAGAAUCCCCGCGGCGGCCUGGGUCGAGACGAAGCAGCAUCACGGCACGACUUGCGUCGCGACACGACUGCAUCACCUCACUACCGCAUCAGCAGCACCAAAAUUUGUCUCGUCGUUGAACCCAUCUCGCCCACCAUGGCACGGCCCAAGCUGAUCCUGGACCCUGCACAGCCCUACGUGCAAAACCACCAGAUGCUGGCGUCUUUUGGCGCCACGAACCCCAAAAUCAUCGAUGCGUGCGCCCAUUAUGAGCUGCCCUGCGAGGGAAAGAACAUAGCGCUUGCGAGGGCCAGGCUGGCAAUCCACUUUAUGGGAGCCACCCAGCCCGAGGGCGAGCCCGACUGGCUGAAGGACCUCUCAGGGCUGUUCCAGCGCCAGAGAUGGAAGACUCAAGCGUCCUUGGACCAGUGGGCGGAGGCAUACUUCGGGGAGCGGUGGAAGCCGGUAAGCAAGAUCAGCGAGACUAUUGUGGAGGUUGCCAGCAUGAUCCUCGAUGAAAACAACGUCACUUUCGACUACAAAGGCCCCCCUGUUCGUUAUCGCGCGCCCAAGCUCCCCGACGAGCCGCAGUUUAACAUCAUCGACUGCUUCUCGGAGCUCCUUCAGCCUGAUGCGGUGAAGAAGAAGCUUGGUUCGGCUACCAUGGAUUUGAAAUGGAUUAAUGCCCACUAUACAAAUCGCGCGCUUGCGGAGUUUGGUAUCAGGGCAGGAGACGCGCUCUACGAGGGAGAAGAGUUCCGGCUCAGGAAGGCGUUCCAGACGGACUGGGUCAUCAACGGGAAGCACUGGAACAUCGUUCGGCAGCUUGACUACGACCACAUCAAGCUCAGCAACAAGAAGUCAGGCAGGGCCGCUAGGCUCUUGCCCUGGAACAUCGCCAUUGCGGGCCCCGACGUCAGCCUGCCUAUCGACUUGCUCGUCGCUUUCACGGUAAAUCCAUAUCGCGGGCCGCCCUUAGAGGCAAAGGCUGCCACCGUGGGAACAACCCGGCACCAUCUCAGGCGCCGAAAAAAACGAGACAAGAAGCAAAAAGGCAGAGGCCGCUUCCACAACAAGACGAGAGCGAUGAUGAGCCACUUCCAGCUGCAAAACGCUGACGGCGCGACGAUUGCAGUGACGAUGAUUUUGUUGCUGAGGCCGAUAUGCCUAACAGCGACGGCCCGGCUAUUCUUGGACAAUCCGAACCCGAGCAGGUCGAUGCUAGUUGUAUCUGGGAUGCCUGCCCGUAAGAGCGCUCUUGAUAUCCAGAGGCAGCUCACCGGCCCGCGGGACCGGCCUUUCAGGGCCUUCGUCCAGAGCCGCGCCACAAGAUACUCUGCUAAAUACCCACUCGGCCUCCGCUGGCAGAACAACGGUGGACCACCGUUUGACCCGAACGAGUAUGCCGGCAGGCCGCACCCGGCAGUCGCGGCGAACCUGUUCAUCAAGCAGACAGAGGAGGAGAGGGAGAGGCUUCGGGGUCCCCUGUCUGGCUCCAACUGA